AUGAGAGACCCUACUGUCAUCGAUGCCGUCGAGGAGACGUUGCGCAAGGAGGAGGCCCAAGGCUUCAUCAGGAAACUGAACGAGGGGGAUACCCUUGACCGCAGCCGGAGCUUCGUCCCUCGAGGAGCCAUCCCAAAGAAAGAUGGUGGGGUGAGAGUGAUCGAUGACUACCUCCGGGGUAACAUAAAUCUCCGGGCCAAAGUUCCGAACUCCAAUAAGCUCCCGUCCACGACCUGUACUCGGAGAUUGGUGGGUGAGCUGCAGCAGAAAUACCCCGUGAGUAAGUGGCUCCUCUUCGAGCUGGACAUGGAGAGUGCGUACCGCUUCCUGAAGAUCCAUCCCGAGGAGAGACGGCACCUAUCCUUCUGCCACGAGGACAGCAGCGGCGUUGCCUCCUACUUCGAAAACUGUUCGUUGCCCUUCGGGCUCAACUCAAGCGGGUUCUGGUUCGUAUGCUAUGCGCGAGCAGUCCAGAACUGUGCGACAAAUAUCUUGAAACCCUGGCUGCCGUGCGGUACGGCAGCCGGCUUCAUGUACGUCGACGACGGACUGACUCGAUGCUUCGAGGGCUGGAAGCCGCAGACGUCUCCGGCCUUCCAGCCCACCAGACCCACGCGCCCAGGAGUGGGAUAUUUAAUACGAGUUAACAAGUUAACACAGGUUAGAUACCGAUACGAAGGGCGCGUCACACCGGGCGCACUGGCAUGUUGCAAAGCAGAUGUUCUCUUGAAGGACUAG